UUCGGAGACUUUCUGGCACAUCAAAAAUCAUUCUACACAGUGAACGGAUUGAUUUGAUAAAUAUGGCCAAGAGCAAAAUCGUGGCUUUGAUUUGGCUGUCUCUUUGAAUGGUUGUAUAUGGGGGGUCAAGUUUUAUGCUGGCAACCCGUCACAACAUGUUAAAGGCACUACCAACCUAGCAGUAACUUGGCCACCUGAUUACCGUCACUGAUGCAUACAAAUACAACUAACGCUUGGAUUCAAUACAAUCCGGACAGCCCUUUUCAACACAAUAACCGCUCCUUUACCUCACUCAUCAAUCUCGGAGCACCUUCAAUUCCAAAAUAAAACUUGACCCCCCAUAUAAAACCCUUCAACAGAUUAGACAGCCAAAUCAAAGUCACGAUUUUGCUGAGUCCCAACAUAACUCAGUAAAGAGCAACUUUGUUUAUCACUCGACCCUACCUCCAUGGAAGUAUUCUCAAGCAUUCCUUUACCCAUAUUUUCUUUGUUUCCCUCCUUACCGUCUUCGUUUUUAUUCAAUUAUUAUCAUCAUCAGGCUUUGACAUUGAGGCCCAAUGCAUUGAGCGGGAAUUGUAGCCAUAACAAUAGCGCAAAUGAGUUUAGCAGAUGAGGUCCCAUCAUCAGCCUCUGUACUCCAUUAUACAGUAGACCCCCCAGGGGGUGGCGGCAAGCUAGGAAGAAACUAGAAACCAAGAGAGAGUGAUUAAAAUAAAAAAGAGAGGAGAGAAGAAAAGGCAGGAGAGGAGAGGAGAGAUAAAGCCUAAAAGAGAGAGGAAAAUAGCAAGGAAGAAGCCACUACCAAAACAAAAAAGACAAGGAAGGAAGACGUUCAAGAAAGGAGGAAGGAGAAGGAGAUGGAAUCAGCAGAUGAAACAGGAAUUCAUGUGGUUGAUGACAUUGGCGAUCCAGAAAUAAGAGAAGUUGACGCACAACAGCGACGAAUACAAGCAUUUUCUGUUGGUUUGGAGGGAGCAGGUGAUAGGAAAAUUAUAGGGACUGUCAUAUAUAAGAGUAUAUACACUGUAAUUUUAUCGAAGAAGUUCAACUUGCUAAUUCCCUUUGGACCUCUAGCAAUCUUUGUCCAGAAAAAGACGAAUCAAAACGGUUGGGUCUUUAUCCUUGGCUUAUUGGGUAUAAUGCCGUUGGCUGAGCGGUUGGGCUAUACUACAGAGCAGUUGGCAUUUUACAGUGGACCUACAAUUGGGGGACUUCUGAAUGCUACAUUUGGGAAUGCAACGGAACUUAUUAUAUCGAUUUAUGCGCUACGAACAGGAAGGAUUCGUGUAGUUCAGCUGUCAUUGCUUGGCUCACUUUUGUCCAACUUGUUGUUCGUUCUGGGGAUUGCAUUCUUCUCCGGUGGAAUUGUUAGAAAGGAGCAGGUUUUCAACAAGGCAACUGCUGUUGUGGAUUCGGGACUGCUGUUGAUGGCAGUGAUGGGGUUACUAUUCCCAGCAUCCCUACACAGCACAGGCACUGAAGUGCACUUAGGGGUAUCAGAGUUGGCUCUUUCAAGAGUUAGCAGUUGUGUCCUGCUUCUAGCCUAUGUUGCCUCUAUCAUUUUCCAGUUAAAGAAUAUAAAACAUCUGGAAGGAAAUCAGCAUGGCGAGAUCUUAUAUUCUGGUGACCAAGACCCAGACCAAGACCAAGACGAAGAAGGAGAAGCACCUCCUGAAAUUUCUAAAUGGGAGUCAGUGAUCUGGCUUGGAAUUACAGCAGCUGCAAUAUCUAUCCUUUCGGAGUAUCUGGUUGAUGCCAUUGAGGGAACAUCUCUUGCAUGGGGUGUACCAGUUGCUUUCAUUAGUGUUAUCUUGCUUCCAAUAGGAGGAAACACAGCAGCAGUUACUACUUCAGUCAUGUUUGCCAUGAAAGACAAACUUGAUGUGUCUUUGGGAGUGGCAAUAGGGUCAUCAACUCAGAUUUCUAUGUUUAUAAUUCCCUUCUGUGUGGUAGUUGGAUGGAUAUUUGGGCGACCUGUGGAUUUGAACUUUCAACUUUUUGAGACAGCAACUCUGUUCAUGACUGUUCUAUUUGUAGCUUUCAUGAUGCAGUGGCUGCAAGCUAUUUUGUACAUGAAGACCCUUCCUCCUGAUACAUCCUUACUACUAAGCAAGCAGCAGGAAUUGAAGCAGUGGUACUAUAGUAGAAUUCUGAAACCUAGAAAUACAGGAAGACAGAAGUGAAUGUUCAUUUCUAAGCAGUGGAUGCUACAUCUGAUGCAACUAUCAUUUCACUGGAGUUUACUUAGCUGGUGCUUGUUGGUUAAUAUAUAUAUAUAUAUAAUAAUUAAAUUUACACUUUCAUGUUUAACUUAAAUGUGUAUAAUUAAUUCAAAAUUAAAAUAUAAUGUGUACAAUUGCACAAAAUAAAAGAUAAAAGAUUUUAUAUUUUUAAAACAGACUUCU